GACGUCUUCCUCUUCGCUCAAAAAGCCCAAUCCUCUUCUCUCCUUCGUCGUCUGAAAAUCUCGCUCUGAACGCGAACGACGCACAGAUCGCGAGGUCCGUUCGUCAUCAAUGGCGUCGAGGGGAUGGAUGAGCAGAGUCCCACCGAUAGCUUCCCGCAUAUACUUCCUCCUCAUCAUCCUCCAGAUCCCUCUCUUCAGGGUCACAUGUAGGUCUGGUAUGUGUUCGACCCCGAUACACGUCACAUCAUCUCAGCUUAUUGCCAGUGAGAUAAUCCCUGUUCCUGUGGUGAAGGCCCUUCUCUACCCCGGAGCUGUUGUCAAUGGCCUUGUAAAGGACAUGACAGUUCCAAGCUGGAAUGAUUUGCUAGAUAUCUAUAAUCUAACUACUGUGAAAGAAGCCUCGGCAGUAGUUGAUCUACAGCGCUUGGAGGUUCUUGCCGGAAGCUACUUCUCUGUGGCAGGAGCAAUCGUCGGUCUGCUAAAACCAGGGAGGAUGAGCAUGUUUGGGACACUGCUGAUAAUUUGGGGUCUUGUCAAGGAGGGAAUCUUGGGAAAGCCCGUGAAUGUGGAUCCUGCAAAGGCAGUCUAUGUUUAUCCGACGAUGUUGAUUGCAUUGAUCUGUGCCUUAUCAUCCAUUAAAUAUGAUGUGAAGAAGGCCAUGAGACCUGCCCCUGCUCGAACUAUUGCAAAGCCACUGCAGAGCUCAUCAAAAUCUAAGCUGAAAUGAGAUGAAUCAUAGGCAACACUUCUAUUGAGAAAGUCACUUGUUUUGUUAGGAUUCUUGUUGUCAAAAUUUUGGAGAGUCUUACAUUAACAUAUGGAUCUUCAGUCAACUUUUGAAAUCAAUUGGAAUGCGAGUUUUAUA